CGACAUUGGGUGUAUUGUAUAUAGUAAUAGUAUAAUUCAAGCUGCUUGUUUUCUGGAUCUUCGACCUGAACCGAAUCGGUGCUUGUUCGCCAUUUAUCUCUGGAGCUAAUCUUCUCAGUCGAGACGAUACUCUACACUUGUGGUCUGUGACAAUUCAAUCGUGUAAUCGGAGAAGAGAGAAGAUGAGCAUUGUACCUAAGGAAACGAUUGAGGUUACAGCACAGAGUAUUGGGAUCACUAACUUAUCACCCGAGGCUGCACUUAUGCUUGCUCCUGAUGUUGAGUACCGUGUUCGUGAGAUCAUGCAGGAAGCUAUCAAGAGCAUGCGUCACUCAAAGAGAACGACUUUGACAGCUUCGGAUGUUGAUGGUGCUCUCAACUUAAGGAGCCUUGAGCCGACAUAUGGCUUUGCAUCAGGAGGACCGUUUCGUUUUAGAAAAGCUGUUGGGCAUCAGGAUUUGUUCUACACUGAUGACAGAGAGGUGGAUUUCAAAGAUGUGAUUGAAGCCCCACUACCGAAAGCUCCCCUUGAUACUGAAGUUGUCUGUCACUGGCUGGCUAUUGAAGGAGUGCAGCCAGCUAUCCCAGAAAAUGCUCCUUUAGAAGUCAUCAGAGCACCUGCAGAUAACAAAAUAUAUGAGCAAAAGGAUGGACCUCUAAUUGACGUUAGGCUACCAGUUAAACAUGUACUAUCUAGGGAACUUCAGUUAUACUUCCAAAAGAUUGCUGAACUUACAAUGAGCAAGUCAAGUCCUGCUCUGUUUAAAGAGGCAUUAGUGAGCUUGGCCUCAGACUCAGGACUUCAUCCUUUAGUUCCAUAUUUUACAAAUUUCAUUGCUGAUGAGGUAUCACGUGGUUUAAAUGACUUCCAACUCCUGUUUAAUCUAAUGCACGUUGUUAGAAGUCUUCUACAGAAUCCCCAUAUACACAUAGAACCUUAUCUGCACCAGUUGAUGCCAUCUGUUGUAACAUGCCUUGUAUCGAGAAAGCUUGGAAACAGAUUUGCCGAUAACCAUUGGGAUCUUCGAGAUUUUACAGCGAAGCUAGUUUCACUGAUAUGUAAAAGGUUUGGAAACACUUACCAUACUCUUCAGUCUCGUCUUUCGAAAACUCUAGUCAAUGCACUUUUGGACCCAAAGAAAGCUUUGACUCAGCACUAUGGUGCAAUUCAAGGAUUAACGGCUUUGGGGCACAAUGUUGUACGCCUUCUUAUUCUGUCAAAUCUCGAACCGUAUCUAAGUCUUCUCGAACCAGAAUUGGAUUGUGAGAAGCAAAAGAACCAAAUGAAGAGCUAUGAAGCUUGGCGUGUGUAUGGGGCCUUGCUGCGUGCUGCAGGCUUGUGUAUACAUGAUCGGCUUAAAGUCUUCCCAAAUUUACCAUCCCCUUCGCCAAGUUUACUCCAUAAGGGAAAGGGAAAAAUAAUCAGUGCUGAGCCACGUAAGCGGAAGCUAAGUGCUGAUUCUUCACAAAACCAGUUACCCCAUAAAAGAUUGAUGACAACUACAGAUGGGUUACGACCGCAAGAUCACACCGGUCCAGCUCCAAUGCAUGUAGAUAAACCGAUGGGAAAGAAAGGUAACGAAUCUGAAAGCAGACACCAAAAUGAGAAAGAAAGGGGAAAGGGCCGGGUUAUUACCAUGAAAGCAAUCCUUGGUCAGAUUUGGAAAGAUGACCUUGAUUCUGGACGGCUCUUGGUGAAACUGCACCAACUCUAUGAUGAUAGGAUUCUUCCUUUUAUCCCUUCUACAGAAAUGUCAGUAUUCCUCUAAUCAUUAAGAGGGGAUAAACCGCCUCCUCCAGAGGCCCAGCAGAUAAGAGCCCUACCUGAAACUCCAGCUCACAUUCGAGUGUCGGAAGUUUUCAAAUCUAUAUGUAGUCAUGUAAUAGGGGUUGUGAGAGAAAAUGUGGUGAUGACACCUAAGCAUAGUAAGCAAUGUUACAACUUAAAGAAAGCUCCUCAAUUAUGUGAAGUUGUAUUUGAAGUUAUGAGAGAGUGUAGAUGUUCUGCAAAAAGAGAACCUCUCACCUUCUUCACUAAAUGGAGUUUUCCUUUUUGUUUU